AUGAGAAACUUGCUUCCUUCGUCUCGUUCUCUCGCGCGAACGAAGACAUUUUUCUCCUCCUCUUUCACCGUCCGAGAAGACGAAUUCAACGACGGCGGAUUCGUCGGCGGCGAAGACGAAGAAUCACAACGGAGGAGGAGGAAAAGUCAACAACGUAAGAAUACGAACACAAUCUCCUGCGCGCCGUCUUUGGACGAAGAGCGAAAGCACGCGUUCGUUUGUUUGGAAAGCGGACACGUGGUUCGCGCUCGGUGUUUUGUUGAAAAUGGGAAAGAAGAAGAAGAAGAAGAACACGAUGCGAAGAAGACAAAAAGGAGGAUGAUUCUGUUGAAAGAUACCGAGGAGGAAGACGAAGACGAAGACGAAGAAAAUAAAAGCAAAUCCAAGAAGAGAAGAAGAAACGCGGUUUCCGUGGAACGACUUCCGGAGUUGCGAGCGACGUUCGUCGCGUUAGAAAGAGGCGAGUUGUUGCUCGUGAACGAUAGCAGUUUUUCUUCUUCCUCGUCGUCGUCGUCGUCUUUGGACGUGGAGCGCGUGGCGGACGUUCCGAGCGGGUGCGUCUCGGCCAAGUUCUCGCCGGAUGGGCAAAUGUGCGCGGUGUUGACGAAAAGUGGGAAGAUUCUCAUCAUGAACGGGGAUUUUUAUUUGCUAAACGAAAGAGAGAGCUGUUUAGAAGACGUGGACGAGGAAAAGGAAGAGGAAGAGGAGACGAUCAAAUCUGGUAAAAUUACCUGGCGAAAUGACGGCGAGAGUUUUUGCGUGUAUUGCACGACAUUGAAAGAUGGGAAGAAUCACUUGCGAACGUAUUCAAGAGAUAAGUUGGAGAUAUUAGGCAGAGGAGAUGUUGAUCACGAAGACGACGAGACUGGACCGGGUAGAAUGGGCGAGAACGCCGCCAUCGCGUGGCAACCGCGAGGCGCGUUGAUCGCGGUUUCAGGCGUUGCGGCGAGUAGUAGUAGAAAUAGCACUAAUAAUAACGCCGAAAAGGAAGAAGAGAAAGUCCCAUGCGUCGUAUUUUACGAGAAAAACGGCUUACGGCGAUCCUCCUUACUCAUGCGCGGGUUUCAAGGUUCGAAGAUUACGCAUUUGAGUUGGUCCGUAGAUUCGUUGACGUUGGCAAUUUCAACGUACGACAAAGAGAAGCUCAGAAGCGCGGCGUCGAUAUGGACUCGCGGAAACGCCAAUUGGACCUGUAAACGAUGCAUUGAAGAUAGCUAUAGCAGUAACAACGCAGAUGAUGGAGAGAUAUAUGCCUCGUUGUCGAAGUAUGCGGAAUUUGAUGCUAUUCAUCCAAACACGCUCCGAAUCGUUUCGACAAACGGAGAGGACGAAGUCGAAGUAAACACGCAAACUUUCGUUUGGGAAGAUUGCACGAGUUCUGAUUUAGGCACCGCGGCAGUUAUCGAUGGUGAGAUUCUCAAAUUGACGCCGUUCUCGCGCUGCGUCGUUCCGCCGCCAAUGUGCGACCAUUCUCUACGGUUCCCGGCGAAAAUAUCAGAGGUUGCGUGGAGACCGAACGCUUUUCGUCGAUCGCUCGAAAACGAUGAAGAAGACGAAGUCUGUUUCGUCUCUUUACACGAUGGACGAUACAAAGUAGUUCGCGUCAACGGAAACGCGGAAGCCGAAGAAUUGUUUGAUGAACGAAAUGACAAGAAAUCAGUAGUCGAAGAGACGAUGACGAUGCCAUUUAGCCUGGAGAAAAGAGACGAGUUCCGCUCGUAUUGUUGGAUCGGCGCGAACGCGCUCGCGUGCGUGAGUAGUACAAACGAAUCCAUCAUUCACAAAAUCGAACUGGAUGAUGAGUACAGUAAAAUUGUAAAAGUGUCCGUGAUCGAGUUGGAGAAUACACGACGUGGAAGAGUUGUGACGAAACUCGCGCAUUGCUGUAAUGGUAAUGAUGAUGAUAAAGAUGGACUUCUCGUGGCGUUUGUCGCCGGUGAAAAGACGCCUCUGAUUUUCUCAACGUCUGAUGCAAAGCAAUUAAACAUCGCAGCAUCGACACCAUCUGACGAGAACGUUAUCACGCACGAGUUGCAUAAAGCAAAAGCCCUCGCGAACGGUCAAGUCGUCGCGUUGUACUCAAACGGGGAUUUGUUUCUCUAUCGUAUUCUCGGCGGCGAUGACGAUAAACGUCUUCUUCUGAUGAAAAACGUCGAUUCCUUCGAAGCGUUUUACGAGGACGAAAAUAACACGUGGGUAAAAAGUUGCGACGCAGAAGGAAGGAAACAGUAUUACAAAACCGUUUCUACGCCAAACGCAAUCGCGUGCGUCUCGCGAGACUCAAAACUUCGUGUCGUGCGUCUGUCUUUAUCGAAUAACAAAUCGAGCGCCGCGGUGGUGGAUCAACUUUCAAAGUCACUGGAAUCGCAAGCGUUUUUCAAUAACAUCAUCGACCCAGUCGCGGCGAGACGUAACUGGAAAGACGUCUCCGGCGACGGUAAGACACGACUUGGUGAGUUGGCGUUUGAUUCUUUACACGGCAAAAUGCGCGCCGCGAUGCGCCCGGACGACGCCGAUUUUGCAACUCCAUCGUCUUCGGUCGCGGCAAACGCGGGGGCGAAUUUCGCGGAUAUGGCCAAACGCUCUGUCGAGCGCGGUUCACGAAUUGCUGCCAUACCGCCUGGAUCGUGUACUGUCAUUUUGCAACAGCCUAGAGGAAAUUUGGAAAUCAUAUCGCCGAAAGCGCUCGUGUUGCCAUCCAUCGCCAAGAGCUUGAAAAUGCGACAUUUCAAAACCGCGUUCCGUUUGUGCUCGAAAGAGCGCGUCGAUUUGAACGUUUUAAUCGAUUAUGAUUUCCCAUCAUCCAUAGAACAUCCGAACGCGGACGAUUUAGUUCGAGGAUUAGAAACGCCAGAACACGUGAUGGAGCUGUUGGAAGCGUUGCGGGUUGGCGACGCAUUCGCGGAGGAUGGCGGGUACAUGCGCAAGCUCUGCGCGAGCGCGUACGCAGAGUGUCCGGAUCGAAAACAAAUGUUGGAAGAUCUUGGGGUGCAGAAAAUCCGAAGAACGUGCGAAGCGAUACGAACAUCGAUUUCGAAUUUGUACAUGAAUGCUGGGGACGGCACAUCGCGAUGGUCACUCGCGAUGUUGACCUCGUACGCUUGCGGCACUGGUUCGUUCUUGGACACCCACGCAGAGAGUAAUAAAAAAGACAACAACGACGUGCUAUCCAUCAAAGCUGCCAAACGCAAAGACUUGGCGGACGCGCUAGAGAUCGUUGCUGAAGUUCGAGCGUUUGAAAUCAAAGAUGCCUCGAACAAAGCGAUGAGUACAAAAAAUGUUUCGGCGUCUUCGGUUGCCGCCGCGAACGACGUCAUGAAUUCGGAUUCCUCCGACGCGGAUGAAACCGAGUUUAUCGGCGCACAGUUUACAAAACAAACCGUUUCCGCGGCGCGCAUGUUGAAGCACUUACUCUUUCUCACCAAUGAUCGCGAGUUAUUCGACGCCGCGUUAUCGACCGGCGAUUUAGCCGUCGCGCAUCUCGUCGCCAUGAAUUCCCAAGCCAUGGACCCGGGUGAGUUUAUGCCGGAGUUGCAACACUUGCACGAAAUGCGCGAGUUUGAACGCCAAGCGACGAUUUCUGAGCGUCUGGAGAUGUGGAAAGAUGCCGCUAAGUUUUGGUUGAAAGAUAAAUCGCUCGAAAAAGCAUCAACCGUGGCCGCAAAACACGGGUUAUUUCCGUACUUGCAUGAACUCUGCGAAGAAGAUGAAAACGGCGACGAUUUUGAAACCAAGAAAGUCAUCACGAAAUACCACGCUCGGUACUUGGAAAGCGUCGUAAAUCGAUCUGAAGACGCAGGUGUUGCGUACUUGAAGUGCGGUGAUUACGAAAGCGCGUUGAGAUGCUUCACCGGCGUGUCAUCAUCUUCAUCGUCGUCGUCAAAAUCUACCGGAUCUGGAUCGUCGUCGUGGCGUUCCGGAUUUAUCGUCGCCAAGGAAAAGUUAAAAUUUUCCGACGAAGAGAUGGUGAAACUCGCGAGCGAAACGUGUAAAAACUUGGAGCAAGCGUCGAGCGAUUAUGUUUCUGCGGCUAUUAUUGCCUUGGAUUAUCUCAAUGACGUGGAACGCGCGGUGGCAAAUUUCGCGUUGGCAAACAAAUGGAGAGAUGCAAAAUUGACGUGCUUCGCCAAAAAUCGAAGCGAUGUGUUCGAAACGACUGUGUUUCCGGAGUGCGUGGUUGGCGCCACGAAACUUCUCGAGCACUUCGAAGACGUGCAAGCGCGAAGCGAUAAGUACAAAGAGCGUUUGAUUGGUCUGCAAGAACGACGCAAAUUGUAUAAGAGAACAUUUGCGAGCAUCGAAGAAGGGCGCACGAGGCCGAGACGCGCUACCUUGGAUGGAUCGGAAGAUGAAGAAUACGACGACAUCUCUGAAAUGAACUCUGAGUUUUCAAAUGUCUCUGGGUAUUCUUUAUACGCCACCAGCACGCAAUUCGGAGAUGGCUCUGCCAUAAGUCAACAAUCUUCCUCGCGAUGGUCCGCGUCCACCGUUGGCGGUCGCAGAAACAAAAAGUCCAGAAAAAACAAAAACAAAAAGAACAAGAACGGUUUGCGCGCCGGUGGACCAACGGAAGAGAGAGAUUUAUCUACUCACGUCAUAACGGAAGUUCGCGUGAGCGAAGAAAAGUUGGAAGAAUGCGCGGAAAUUUGCGAAAUUUUAAUCGCUUCGGACAACGGUUCCGACGCGAAAGUGUUGCAAAACGCCGCCUCGAUGGCGAUUGAAAAGUGUAAAUUAAUGCGCGUCGCGGCGAGGGAAAGUUUGAAACAGUUGAUCGAAGAGAAAGAGAAGGAAGAGGAAUACAUCGUCUUAGUCUCGUCGUCUUCAAAUAACAACGUUUUACCUCCGGAACUCAUGGAACGCAAACGCGAAAUCGAAGCUGAUUUGAAAACCAUGCGAGAGAGCAUGAACGCAAACGCGAAGGACGACGAAGACGUCGUUUCCUACAAAUGGAGUUCCAUUCGGACCUCCGCGAAGUGA